AUUGAUGAGAUGCCCGAGGCCGCCGUGAAGUCGACAGCCAACAAGUACCAAGUCUUUUUUUUCGGGACCCAUGAGACGGCAUUCCUGGGCCCCAAAGACCUCUUCCCUUACGAGGAGUCCAAGGAGAAGUUUGGCAAGCCCAACAAGAGGAAAGGGUUCAGCGAGGGGCUGUGGGAGAUCGAGAACAAUCCUACCGUCAAGGCCUCGGGCUACCAGUCCACCCCGAAGAAGAGCUCUGUGGAGGAGCCCGAGCCCGAGCCUGAGCCCGCGGAGGGGGACGGCGACAAGAAGGGGAGCGCGGAGGGCAGCAGCGAUGAGGAAGGGAAGCUGGUCAUCGAUGAGCCGGCCAAGGAGAAGAACGAGAAGGGGGCGCUGAAGCGGAGGGCGGGGGACCUGCUGGAGGACUCCCCAAAACGUCCCAAGGAGACAGAAGACCCCGAAGGGGAGGAGAAGGAAGUAGCCCCCUUGGAGGCUGAGAGGCCCCUCCCUGUGGAGAAGAACAGCACCCCCUCUGAGCCCGGCUCCGGCCGGGGCCUUCCUCGGGAGGAAGAGGAGGAGUUAGAGGAGGAAGAGGCUGCCAAGGAAGAUGCUGAGGCCCCAGGCAUCAGAGAUCGUGAGAGCCUGUAGCCACCAAUGUUUCAAGAGGAGCCCCCGCCCCGUUCCUGCUGCUGUCUGGGUGCUACUGGGGAAACUGGCCAUGGCCUGCAAACUGGGAACCCCACCCCGCUCUCCUCCACCACUUACUCUCCCCACUCCAAGCCCAGCGCCUGGAGAUUGCCCUGGCCCUCACGUCCAGGUCCCCACACCCCUGCAGUCUCAGUCAGGGCCAUGUCUUCUGCUUCGUGGGCUGCGAUGAGGCCAUUGUGUCCCUUCCUGCCGGGAGCUGUUUCCCAGGGUGUCUGGACUGGGUGUUUCUGCCUCCUGACUCCUCUCUGCCCCGCCCCGCCCCCAGCAUUCUGGACCUCUGGAUUAGCUGGCGUAGGGGGAGGACCGGGAGGGAUGCAGAGUAAACCGCAGGGUAGGCUUCUGGGCCUGAGAGGGGCGAUCUUCCAGUUGGGGCGGGGGUCAGGCAGGAAGAUGGCAUCUUCUCACGCUCCUGUCCCUUCCGCCCGGACUUGUCCUCUCCGCUGCCUAGAUUCAGGGAAAGUGGGCCAGCCCUUAGGGGAGGGGCUCCCUUCCAUAAAUCCUUGAUGAUUGACAACAUUCAUUCUUCUGGGAGUUGUAGUUGAUCAUCAGAUAAUUCGGAGGCUCCCCAGUUGUUUGGGCCGAGGACCUGAGACCCCGGAGGGUUGGCUUCACCCAGCUGGGGUGGCUGUGUUGAGGACUGUGUCCGCCUCUGAUCUCUGGCCAGAGAUAGGAUGCCCUGGGGAGAUGCCUGCGCUGCCCUUUCCCUCUCCCCACAGUGCUCAAGGCCGGCCUACAGUCACGUGUCACCCAGACAUAAAGGAAAAGACACAUUUUUUAGGACGUUUUUAAUAAAAGAAAAUUAACAAAAAAAAUUUUAAAGACCCCCCC